AAAAGAGUCAAUGCAAUUUUACAUGAUUUCAAUAGGCAAAUACUAACCCAUAACUAGUUAGUUUGGGGAAGAAAUUUUAUCACAUGGGAAUUCCAUGUGUUCCCUUGGAGUUGGACUUUUUACCAACAGUGUCAACUGUGCCUUCACCUGUUCUUAGUCUCCCAGUCACAAAACCAUUCUUAAAUCAUCUAGAACCUCCAUUUUUGUCAAGUCCAAAGCAAAUUCGACACUUCCAUUCGCCCUUAUUGAUGAGAGAACCAUACCCUCUUCAAGAAAUCAAAGAUUAGAAGUAUCUGUAGCCGCAGAAGCCGUCGCUGCCGACAUACCCACGGAAACUGAAACUUCGUUCUCCGAAACCCCACAAGAAACUGAGGUUGAAACUUGAAAUUAGAAAUCGCCCCACUUCGCUUCCCGAAAUAUGCGUUGCCUGUAUGUUCUUGUUUUUUGGACAUUAGGCGUUCUGGGUUCUGCAGAAAGUUAGGUUGAUGGUUAAGCAAGUGCAGAAGCCGAGAUUGGUACUGAAGUUCAUAUGGAUGGAGAAAAACAUUGGGCUUGCUCUUGAUCAAGUGAUUCCUGGGCAUGGGAAGAGCUCAAGGCCACUCUAGAAAGCAAGACAUGGAUAUCCCAGAAGAAGAUGAUUAUCCUUCUUAAUUAGGCUACCGAUAUCAUCAAUCUCUGGCAGCAAAGUGGCGGCAAUCUUACCUAAACUGCAAUUAAUGUCGGUAUUUGUGUUUUCAUGUAUGACACUGGUGUAUCACGUUCAUGGCAGAUGUAAUAUCAUAGCUGAGCAUUUUGUCUAAAGCUUGCUAUGAAUUAUGCUCCCUUGCUCUUGCUUCCACAUCUAAUUCUACAUUU